UUGCAUUCGUACAGAGUGACUAGUUUGUGGUCUGAACCAUAUAUGAUGCCGGGUUUUUAAAACACUUUACCUUUAUUGCUAUUCCAGGCUGUGAUAUAAGUUUAAUCAUUUUAAGAAAAUAAUCAUCCCAAAAAGAUCGACAUGGGACGGAGUUCCUCUUGCUCCUCAAGUUCACCCUACUAUGAGAAGAAGUCCAAAAGAUUGCGCAGUGAAGAUCGACGUCGUUCUCGCCGCACACGAAGCGAAGAAUAUAGAGAUUAUCGAGAAAAGCGAAGGCAGGCAUGGAGAAUGCAGCAAAAAUUAGAAAGAGACCAUGAAAGGCUUAAAAAACAGAAGAUUUUAGAAUAUGAAUUAAAAAGAGAACAAAGCAGGCGAGAACAUUCGCGAAGAUCGUCGCGUCGAAGUCCAAGCAGAUCUCAGAAUCAUAACAGCAGAGAUCGUAGACAGAGUCUUAAACCUACAGCUAUGUCACAGAAGUUGGAUUCAUCAGAUGGAAGUGUUCCCUUAUUCAAGGGUGGCUCGGAAAUGAAAAUUGACCCGACCGAACUGCGUCGCAUAAAAGUAGACAUUCAUCGCAAUAUUCCUGGCGCGACUGUAACAAGUCGUCAACUUCAGCGUGAAAUUGUCAAUCCGGAGGAAGUCACGCUGAAAAGGCGAGAGGAUGAAGGAAUAAAACCGAUAUUUGAUCGGGACGAAAUAAAGCGUCUUGAUUCGACAUCUACCGAGGAAGUAGAAGAACACCGAACAGUUAAAACAAUUGACACUGAAAAAACAGAAAGGCAGAUUCAAUCAUCAAAGAGACGGUCAAGGUCUUUGAGUUCUUCAAGAAGGUGCGAUAAAGGCGCAAAAGAAGCGUCAUCGUAUCCACUCAGGCAUGAACGAUCUUCUCACCAUUUGGACAAAAAGAAUAAUCGCAGGAGCUACUCAGAUGACAGACACAAAGACGGCCAUCAGAGCCGCAAUCGGGAAAACGGGAGAAGAGAUCGGUUGCAUGAUCAUACGGGUCAUUCUUCCUCACAUCGCCUAGACCGGAAGGAAUAUUCCUCAAAACGAAGGUCAUCUCGUGAACGCUCAUGUUCUGAAGAAAGAAAACGGUGCAAUUCAGAAUAUGAUCAUUUGUCUCGAAAUGGACAGUCAUAUAGAGAGUAUCGAGGAAGAUCAAAAGAACGAAGAGAGAGACAAAGGUCUGUUGAAGAAAAAAAUAGGGAACGAUCUAGGGAGAGGAGAAUAUCUACCCUACCUCAUUACAUAGAAUCAGUACCUGUGCCUCUUCCUUUAUAUUAUGGGAAUUUUCCUCCAAGACCAGUAAUGAUGGGUGGUCAUAUGAUGCCUGGUCGAGGACCUUUAAUGAGAAGUAGGCUUCCAAUUGGACCAAGAUUACCUUUUCCUCCACGAUUUAUGCACCCGGAUAUGUAUAGGCCUUCAUUACCACCAAAUCCACGAUUCAAUCGCAUGUUUUGAAUGGAUAUUGGAUAUCUUAAAGGUUUGACCUGCCUUGAAACUUCAUCAGUGUUUGCAGUGCCAUGGUCUUUAUUUCAGGACCUCAAAAACGUCCGUACAAUAUAAGCAUUAUAAAGUGAUCAAAUAUUUUGUGACGCCUAAGGUUUAAGUAAAAAUUGUGUAAGCUUCACAAAGUCUUUUAAUUUUUAGCCCAUAUUUUACUUUUGAAAUCUGUAAAUAUUUUUAUAAUGUAUAUUAUGUAUUUAUUAUGUCUUCAGUGCAGAAGCAACCCAAGUUCUGCAUUCUAUGAAAAUUCUUCUGCUCCUGCUUAGGAUCAGAAAAACGUUAUACAUAUACUAUGGUUUUAAAAAUGAAAGACUUUGUGAUAUCUGAUAUUCGGGGUGGGUAUAGUGACAGAAAUCUGUUGAUAGUUUGGGGCGUAUUUGUAUACAUGCAUGCUAUCAGCGAGACCAACGCUGUUGGACGGCAUUUUUUGUUGUAUAAACAUACACUGAAUUCACAAAGAUUCUGAGAAUAUGUGCGUGUCAAUCUGAUAAUCACUGUUUAAACGUCGCAAAAUAUGUUAAAUUUGCACUGAUGUGGUCUUGAACUCAUUCCUUGUGUUCAAAUUCGGAAUAUUUUUUUCAUUUUUAAUCCAUAUUUUACUAUUGAAGUUUGCAUGUCUAUAUAUUACAUAUUUAUGCAAGAUAUAUUAUGUUUUCGAAAAUUCAAAAAAUAAAUAAGCAAUAAACAGAAAAUACAGUAUCUGUC